UUGCUUGAACUUGACUCAGGGACUGCCUAUGAGUUCCCCAAAAGGACACGCGGCUAAAUAAAAAGCUGUUGAGAGCACGCGUCAGAAACCUGUGUAGUCUGUUCGCAGCAUGGGAUAUCGCUUGCGCUUCACUCUUCGGGGAUGAAAGUCCAAUCAAACGGAUUUAGAAACGACAAUGGAAAUUUAUUUGGGACUUGAUCAAGCUUCUAUUUCAACAGAACAAUGGGAAGUAUUAUAACUGAUUGUCAACGUCCUGCCGAAAAAUGCAUGGAAUAAUGAUUCUUCUUUCAGAGCAAAGCUUUUACUCACCAUCAUUGGUUUGAGGAAUAUAAUGUUGGUUUGCGUGGUUUGCGUUACAUUCAUCUAAUUUGGAUUAAGAAUAGAAGAGAGGACGAUCUGGACAUCACUUUUGACUGCAAAUUCACCUUACGCCUGCCUCAAAUGCCUCUCUCCGUGAUGGGAUUCUUGACCUUCAAAGUCCAGUGAAGCCAACCAUGAAUUACAACAACCUCUCGGGUUCCUCAGGGGACCUUCAGAUGACGGCGGUAGCUCGUCUGUUCCACCAGAGGAACCACACACUGGAUCAUCCCCAGACAGGAAGCCCCAUCUUGGCCGUCCUCUCCAUGACGCUGGGCAUCAUCUCCAACAUCAUAGCCCUCUUCAUCCUGGCCAACGCCUACGCCCAGCAGCGCCGGCGCUCCAAAGCCACGUUCCUCCUUUUCGCCAGCUCCCUGGUCCUCACUGACUUUUUCGGGCACAUCAUCCCGGGGGCCAUGGUCCUCCGACUCUACCUCUCCGGAGGCGUGUCCCCCGAGGCGGCCGCCGCCACCUCGUCCAGCGGCUCGACCGACCCCAUGUGCCAGUUCCUGGGAGGUUCCAUGGUGUUCUUCGGCCUGUGCCCGCUCUUCCUCGGCUGUGCCAUGGCUGCUGAGCGCUGUCUGGGCGUCACGCAGCCGCUGCUCCACGCCUCCCUGGUCACCACAGCACGCACAAAGCUCUCCCUCUCCGGGAUUUGGCUGGCGGCCCUCUGCGUGGCCCUGCUGCCUUGCUUCCAGCUGGGAUCGUACACCUACCAGCACCCCAACAGCUGGUGCUUCAUCAAGGUCCUGGCUAACGACACCCGGGAGGCGGACUUGGCCUUUGUCGCGCUCUUCUCCGGGCUGGGCCUGGCGUCUCUGGGUGUGGCCCUGGUGUGUAACACCAUCAGUGGACUGACGCUGGUGCUGGCCAGGCUGAGACGGAGGCCCUCGAGCGGCUCAUUGUCCCACAGCCACCGCUCAGUGGCCAAGAGCCACGACAUAGAGAUGGUGGUGCAACUGUUGGGCAUUAUGGUCACAUCCUGCAUCUGCUGGAGCCCCCUGCUGAUCUUUGGCCUGAUGUCAGUGAUGCGCUCCUACAGAGGGACUAUGGAUGAGGAAGACAGGUCCACGUAUGAGGAAUUAAAUUUGACCGGUGUGCGAUUAGCUUCCUGGAACCAGAUUUUGGAUCCCUGGGUCUAUAUCCUACUGCGCCGCGCCGUCCUCCGCAAGAUCUACCUCAUCACUAAGCGCCAAGCCCACAUGAAUGGGAGUGUACUGCGACGCUGGGAGGGGAACUCCUUUCAGAGCUCAGAGAAGAAUGAUGUUAAGAGAAUAUGACGUCACAAAGUGCCAGGCCCUGGGUCAACAUGACCCGAACGGAGCCUGUGACCGGAAGGGUUUGAAGCCAUAGGCUGAUUGCCAGAAAAAGAUUGUAUUAGCCUGCUAAACUAAAGCCUGCUAAACGGUCCUUGGUGCUGUACUUUAUCUGUUGUCAUGCGUUGUGAAGGAUACGAUAAGAAUCACUAUCAAUAACUCGCUGCCAGUGGCAAGCUAAUAUUAUCCACCUCAGGAUACUGUUUCAUUAGCUCAUUGUCCAAUUACAAUCCACUGAACUACUCAGUUUGCAUUAUCAUACAGAGUUAGAGUUGAAAUACACAUUUGCAUGUAGGAGGGAAGGUCAAAGGUUGGAAUGGUGUCAUCGUUUGCAGCUACUACAUCUUAAUAAUCCGGAGGUGAACUACAUAUCUGCCUGAAUAGAUUGUAAAUAAUAACACAACUUGUUCAAUUGAUUAACUCUAAUUUGUGGAAUGUUACAUUUACAAUUUUCUGUUGUCCUGUUGUCGUUCUGGGUUCAACAUUAAUUAUGUUAAAUUGGCAUUGUUAAGCCUUUAUCAACAGCUUGGACUGAAGGUAAUAGUAUAAUCAUAAUUUAAUUUAUAUAGAUCAUUCCACAGAAUCUCAAAGCACAAAAGCAUGUAAGCAGCCUCAUAUUUGGCAGAACUAAAGGGAGAACUCUGUUUUUCCUAAACAACUUUGCCGGUGGGAAGUAAAGGCUACAUCUAACAUUGUACAAGUUACAAAUAUUUAUUGAUUUUCCUCAAUUCUCUGGGGACAUGUAAAGAUAUUGGAAUGUAAAUAAAGGCAUGGAAUGUGAUGAAGUAAAGAAU